UUUGUUCAUAUCAUAUUCUCAGUACUAUUGUGCUUAGUUAUCGAUACUACCAUGAAGAGCGCUAAUGAGAAUAUUAUUCGUUUAUUAUCAGUAUUGUCUUUGUCAUCUCUAUUGUUCUUGACGGUGUCUGCACAGACAGAUGAAACAAAUUCAACAGUAACCGGCAAAACGAAUUCAACUGAUGCGAUGGCGAUACAGUUGUUAGUGGAUACUUUUUCUUUUACACUUGCGGCAAUGUCACUCGGAGAUCCAUGUCAGCCUGGAUCAUAUUUAUGGGUUACGUGCAGCUCCGAUGAUACCCCUCGAAUUACAGAAAUAAAUCUCCAUGGUUAUUCAUUAGUUGGUGUAAAUCUCCCAGAUUUUAGUGCCAUGGAUGCACUUGAAAAAAUAGAUUUAGGCGCUAAUAUCCUCUUGGGAGGGGAAUUUCCGGAUUUUCUUGCCAACUUCCCUAAACUCAAAGUGCUGUAUUUGGUGGGUACUUCUAUCUAUGGGACAGUACCUAUGUCAUUAAAGAAAAGAUUGGACAAUAAAACGCUACAGUUGAUGUUACCGGCAACAGGUUUGUGUUUUUCAGAUGAAGCCGUAUGUCCAGCUCAAACAGAGACAGGGACAGGAACAAGAAAUUCACCGGGAACAGAUGGGGAAACUUCACCGGGGACAGUUGAAGAAACAUCAACCACUAAUAGUUUUACUCCUACGCGAACAAAAAGCAGUAAAAAGAAAACGGUGCCAAUUGCACUUGGAACUGGAAUUCCAAUUUUUGUGAUUUUUUGGGCUGUUGUUGGAUUUCUAGCUAUCAAUCACCAAAAGGGAAAGGCUGCCGCGGCUGCAGGGAAAACGAAUGGGAACUUGCAAGACCUUGAGGGUGCAGCGGAAAACAUUUUACCGGACGAUCAAGGAGUUAACACCGACCGACAAACGCACCCAACUGUUUAAGCUACUAUGAUUGGAGCUUAUAUUAAGUCAACUUGUUGUAUUCGAAUCCUUUGCAAUUGUUGGAUAUUCUUUAUAAGCUUGCUGUGCAAUUUAUUAAUAAGGAAAAAUGCCUUGGGACUUGGGAGUUCAUAACAUCGGAUCGGAAUGUCACAUUUGCACACAUUCCCUGAUGUCAGUGUACUUUUGAGUUUUGAUAAUUAAAAUAGACAGGGAGUUGCUUA